AUGUCUACAGACCCUGCAAGACCAGAUCUAGAUGUUUCUAUUGACCUGAUUUUCUCCAUAAGUCACCAAUUGGAUAGAGGUACACCUGCUUCUAGUACUUCAUCCUCCAACAACCAAGACCCCAAAGUGGCAAAGGCAUUUAGUGAAAUUUGUUUGGCAUGCAGAACUGGAGAUAUCGAAGUAGUGGACUCGUUAUUAUCUACUCCAAACUUAGAUAUAAACCAAGUUGAUGAGUAUGAUUAUUCGCCUUUAAUAUUGAGUUCAUUGUGUGGACACUAUGAAAUAGUUGAAUUGUUAUUGCAACGUGGGGCUGUGUGUGACCGUGAUACCUUUCAAGGUGCACGUUGUAUAUAUGGUGCUUUGACGGACGAAAUUAGAGACUUGUUAGUAAGUUUUGAUAUUUCAAAAGCAGUGGAUGUGACACAACCAUUUGCUGGUCAUAUAGCGUCAUUGUUGAAUCCAUUACUAGGUACUGUUACAGCAGACGUGGUAUUUCAGUUUAAGCAACCUGGAAUCCCUGAAGAUUUACGAGUAUUCAAACUGCAUAGAUUUUUAUUGGCAUCCCGAAGCCCUUAUUUUGAGAAAAAGUUCAAUGAUGAAUGGAAAAAUUUGACAGUUGUGACCAUGCCGAUUAGUGUCGAUCCUGCAAUAUUUAGAAGGAUAAUAAAUUAUAUUUAUCUUCGAACUCAUGCUGUUUUGAAUGACAGUUAUGCUAUCCAAGAUCAGUUACUCAAGUUGGCACGAAUGUAUGAGCUUAACGAUUUGGUAGAGGGCAUUGAAGAUAUAAAAGGAAUCGAAGAUGAGAAAGCAAGGGCAAAAAUAGGGCAUGAUUUAUCAUUUAAGUUUGUUGAAAAGGCAAGAAAAGAUUUGGAUGAUUUCUUAUCACAAAAAAUUCUUGGUGAGAAAUUAAGUACAGAAAUGGACUUGAAAGAUGAUGUUGACUUGGAAGAUAUAGAUUGCAGAGAGUUUUUGAGUGAUACUCAGAAAGAGGCAUUACUUGAGGCAGAUUCUAUCCCAGAUGUAAUUUUAGCUUGUGUUGAUUCUGGGUCGGAAUCUGUCAUUUAUUUUCCAGUGAAUAAAUCGAUAAUUGCUCGAUCUGAAUAUUUUGAUACUAUGUUUAAAUCAGAAAUGUUUACAGUUGCAGAAGAAGAUUUACCAGUAUAUAGGGAGACUGGAAUCCAAGUUGUCAAUCGUCCGCAGUUAGAUACAGAUCAUUUAGCAAUAAUCCAAGUUUCUACAAGCACUGCCAAUCAGAAGAUUGCUGAAAUGGUGCUAUCAUUUUUGUAUCAUGACAAUGUCAACACCAUUCCAUUGGAUUUGUCCCUAGAAUUAUUAUUUGCUGCUGACGAAUUGUUUUUGGAAAGGUUGAAAACCAUGAGUGCUGUGAACAUCACAUCUCAGUUUCAAAAGUUCAACUUCCGAGAAUUUCAAUCGUUGCACGAAAAAGUAGAGUGUAAUGCGUAUGAUUUAAUCCGGGCAUCCUGGCAAACAAGAUGUGAUAAGCUAGAACAACACGUAACCAAAAUGAUUGCAUAUAAUCUAUCAGAAAUUUUCAAUCUGGAAAUAGAACGCCAAAAGUUGUCUGACUUGAUCAAAGAGUCUGCUGAAAGAAUCAAGGAAAGACAAGAUACAGAUACCAUUGAAUUGGUAGAUGAUAUUAGAUAUUAUUUGACUAAGAAGUAUGCCAUCAAUGAGGAAAUGGGAUCGUUUGACCCGACUUUUUCAUCGGACAAGAAUACCGAUGAUAUCAAUCUAUACAAAAAUGCAUUGAUUCAAUAUGAAAAGGACGUUGAAAUUAUAGACUAUUUAUUGGGCCAAUUGCAUUUAGAUGCAUGA